AGUCCCGCCCUCGGUGCGGCAGAGGCGGGCCGAUCGCAGCCCGUUGCGGUGGCCGUUGCGGUGCCCGCUGCAGCGCCCGCAGCCCCGCUCUCGCCGCCAUGUACCUGUGCAGGGCCGCCUCGCAGGCGCUGGCCGCUCGUCUGAGCCGGGCGCCCUCGUCCGCCGGCCGCCUCGCGCAGCGCGCACCUCUUCGCCAGAUGUCAUCUGGGAGCGUUCCUGGCUCUUCUGGAGAGAACAUGAUUUACUAUCUCAUCACUGGGGUUGCUGCAUUCGGUGCUUUGUUCUACACCUACAGAGUAGUCGGUUCGUCCCGUAGCAAGUACAUUGAACAUGUGAAUAUUCUCCACGAGAGAGGGCAGAAACACAAAGCUGACUCUUACAAGGGUGGUGAAGAGGAGACAGCUGAAGUCACUGGAGUGGACGUGGCCACAGAAGAAGCCGAUGCAACAACUGCUGCUGGACCUGCAGCACAGGAGGAGACUUCUGGGGUUACCCCAGAAACUGGAGGAGAGAGUGACUUGCCGGCUGCAGACACAUCCACUGCUGUGGAGGGAGCACAGCAGGAAGCUGCUGCUAAUUCAGAAGCUCCUGCAGUGCAAGAAACUGUGAGUGAAGUCUUGGAUGUUGCAGCUUCUUCUGCCCAUGAGGAAGACUUGGACAGUGUCGAGGAAGGAUUAGCCUCAGCAGCUCAAGAGAUGUCUGACACUACCACGAGGAACCAGGAUGCUGAUGCUGAGGAGUCGGGGAGAGCUUCAGAAGGUGCUGGAGUGCAGCUGGUUUCUGAGGAGGAGAAGGCACCUGGAGAAGUCGCUAAGGAACCUUAAAGUGAGCUGCACUGACGCCUUUGAAAAGUUUACCAGAAAAGUCUGUGGCAAUCGACCAGCUGAUUCCUGUGAGAAACCUCAGGCUCUUCCUUGGAGACAUAGAACAAGCUGUGCAGUUUGUCUCACCACAAGUUACAUGUUAGGACCAGUGUUCAUUGCUGCAACAGACAACCUAAUACGACUUAAGUUAGUUAGACAGGCGCUGCUGUCAUUAACAACUCUGCUUUAGAAAGUAGCACCCAGCACCAAGUGCCAGAGCGCCACCCAGCAUGCAAUAGAUAGAUGUGCUAAAUGAAGCAGUAGGCUUCACCGUAUCCCUGCCAGGUGAGCUUGUUCUAGUUCCUGGUUGUCCAGGUGUCUACUUUCAUUUCUUACUUGAGGUCCAAACUGCGGUGCUUCAUUGUGCCGCCAUCACAUUCCGCUCCAAAAUGGAAGUUCAAAGUUCUAAGGAAGUUAAAACCUUAUGCGAAUUACCUGUUUGCAGUUGUAACCAUUGGACAUUUGGCUGUACUAAACAUCUGGUUUUCCUCCUGGGUAAGCAGUUUACAUGCUAUGCUUCCUCGCACCAUAGAAGCCCAGAGUAAACAUUUUUAUAGCUCUUGCUCUGAGAACAAGAACUGUGUGCAUGUAGUAGCAAUAAGUACUGUAUUGCAGCUUGACAGAAACAAUGAGCAUCAAAAGAAAGCUGGUUGAGGUUGUUUUUAUUGCUCAGAGUGGUGGCUCAUACUUGGGGGUGCUGAGCCCUAUUCCUACCAAACUUCGUUCGGUUUGUUAUAAUCUUUGUGUUGUUCUGCCUUAGCAGUAAGUGGCAUUAAAAAAAACCGACAAAACAGUGUUGAGAGAAGACUCUUGGACAAAUGAGCAGAAAUUUAGGCUGUUCUGAAGCUCCUCUCAGAGCUGGCGUGUGACUUGCAAAAUCCCCAUAGGUGGUAUGGCGCAGGUAUUCAAACAGAUGAGGAUCUUUAGGGUCUAAUGAGGAACAGAAUAGCUAUGGAAAAUCACAACAAGCAGUUUGUGUCACAGUACUUUCCCUCUGAGAGGGGCAUGUUGCAAGUGGGACCAAAUAUGAAAAAGAGCAGGGAAAAGUAUCUACAAGACCCUUUACAAGCCAAUAGCCUUCUUUCCCCCUUCCCCCCGUUUCUUGGCUUGUCAUUGUUGUCUUAAUACUGAAAAUAUCUCUAAUAAUCAGUUUGCAUGCUGAUACUGUCCUAACCCUGUUCUGCUAUUUGCAGGCACACAGUUGUAUAUCUACUAAAAAGUGUUUAUGGAGAUCCUCAUCAGCUAGAAAGUGUUGCAGCCAUCACAGCAUAAUAAUAAUUCCAAAUGAAGCCUAAAUAAGAUAUAGUGUACACAAUUUAUAUAGUAACUCUGAACCAAAAGGUCUGACUGCUUUCUCUGCAAGCAGAAAUUUGAAGAGAUGCUGGAAGGGUAAUUACAGUGUUAUUCCUACCCAUUGUGUAGAGAAAGUCAUGCUCUUUCCUUUAUUUAUAGUAAAUAAUUAGUGUCUCAACACAAAUAUGGCCUAAUGCCCCUGCACUUGUUUGUAAAUACCUAGAAUAAUGCUGAAGCAAAAUCAGGCUCCUGAGCACCACAAAGUUCUCCUACUUACAGGGUAAAGCCUCUGUGUUUAAACUGUUUUUACAGACAGAGCUACUGCAAUAAAAGUCUAAGGUUGAUAUUUGUUGGUUGUCAGUCUGUAGUUAUCUGGUAGAUUAAACAUUCUAUGAUAGAUAGAUGUGUGCUCUUACUAAUACUAUUUCAAAUUUAGCUAUUUACAAUAAUAAUUCCCAGUGGAAUAAAGCUCUAAUUUCUACACCUGGCCGUAGGGUUUCUGACACUGUAGGACUUGCUGACUGCUUCUUAACCUCUGGAGUUCUUCAGGUAUGUGGCGAACAAACCACAAGGGCUAUGUAUUAGCACAGGGUAACUGAUGCAUGAAGAACAUAUGGGGUGCAUCUCAAAGCCUAUCAUCUCCCAGUUUCCAAAAAAAUGUAGUCGUUUCAGGAUAAGCCAUAUAUAUGUAUAUAUGUAUACAUAUAUAUAUAUGCUUCGUGUCAGAGAUCCUCUAUACACUGCUUCUGAAGGAAACUAGAAAUGCAUCAUCAGCUUCAGCUGUGA